AUGUCCCAGCUGUCUGGAGGCGGCAACAGAGACUCUCGGACACCAUCGCCUCCCACAACAAACAACGUCGACACCUUUACGAACAUUAGCAACGCCUUCAACACGCGAAAGCCCGAGCAGACACAGACACCACCUCAGAACCAAUCCGCCGCACCAACAGAGCCGUUCCCCGACGUCACAUUACCCACGUCUCCGACCCGCGGCGGAGAGGAUGGCCUUGGCGCACUAGGCAACGACUCACAAUUUACGCCAGGCCCCGGCCGUCAACGGAGCUCAUCGCGACCCUUGUCUAUGAUUCAGACCUAUCAGCCGCACGUCAUGGAUACCAACGACACAAUCCCCGAGCUGCAGCCCGUCUUCACGCUCCUCAAUAGCCAUGCCAACAAGCUAUACCAGGAGGGCUAUUUUCUCAAGUUGGACGACCAGAACUCUCAGGGCCGCCCGAACCCGGAUAGAAACUGGACCGAAUGCUUCGCUCAACUCGUCGGCACCGUGCUGUCUCUAUGGGACGCCGCCGAACUUGACACGGCAGGCGAAGACGGCGAGGUGUUACCCAAAUUCAUUAAUUUGACAGACGCCGCAAUCAAAGUGGUGCGUCAUACACCCAUCAGCCGCUACUCGGCUACGACGGUGACGCAGGUGACGCGAGUUAUCGACUCCCUCCCGACACGAUCGCCAAACGAGCAGCCCCUGCAACAUGUUCUCAGCGUCUCUACAGCCGGCCGCAACCGCUACCUCUUCCACUUCAACUCCCACCACUCCAUGAUCCAAUGGACCUCGGGCAUCCGCCUCGCCAUGUUCGAACACUCGACUCUGCAGGAGGCCUACACCGGUGCCCUUAUCGCUGGCAAGGGCAAGUUGCUCAACAACAUCAACCUGAUCAUGAGCCGUUCCAAAGUCACCACUGAAGAGUGGGUACGUGUGCGCUUCGGAGCCGGUGUCCCAUGGCGCCGGUGCUGGUGCGUCAUCUCGCCCCCGGACGAGAAGGAGGUCCUGAAGCUGCAAAAGGAAAUGAAAAAACGCUCCGUCUACGAUCGCUCGCACGCGCCGCAACUCAAGGGCGACAUCAAGUUCUACGACAAACGCGUCGAGGGCAAGAAGCAGAAGAAGGCCAAGCCCAUUGCCACCGUCUCUAACGCCUACUCUGCCUAUGCAAUCUACCCGCAAUCCAAGGCCCUCAUCGACGCCUCCUCCCUCAUUAAGCUUGAAGGCACCAUCACCAUUCACUCGGAUCCGGUCUCAACGACGGAAGGCUUUGUGUUCAUGAUGCCCGAGGUGCGGCCCAUGGUUAGUGGCUUCGAAAUGCUGCUGCGCGCUCUCUUCCCCAUCUGGGAUACCUUUUGCUUGUACGGUCGCCCACAGCGCCUCGUGGCCAGUACUCUGGACUCUCGAUCCCUCAUGUUUGCCAUGCCUAAGCACCGCCGCUACGGCUACUUGGAGAUUAUGGACGUUUCUACCCUCGUUUUGACCGACGGCAGUGGUGCCUGGACCGAGCGGGAGUGGCGCAAACGCCUCAAGGACCUGACCGCUAGGCGCCUGGCUGCCAUGGACGAGAGCGCCAGUAGUGGCUUUGAGAGCGAGCGCACAUCGAACCGUAGCAGCAAGCGCCUCAGCUUCGGACCUGGUGCCGCUGCCAUUCCCAUGAGCAACAGCGCCGGUGUGCUGGACGAGCGCGGCGCCCCGGCCCCGCGCGCCCGAGUUAACUUUGCCGACGAAGGCGACUCUCUACGGCCGGGCCGGACGGCCGCGUUUGCACAGAGCUCGAGCAACCGCACCGAUUCCGCACCUCCCGCUUCAGAGCGCCAGCGAAUCCCCUCGUCCAUGGCGCAGGCAGCGACUAUUGCCCAUGCGCGCAACAACUCGGACAUGGGCGGGGGUGCACCGGACAACAGCCAACGCCCGUAUAGCGGUCAGCCGGCAGCGUUCUAUGACCCGACCAUCACCAGCGGCGGGCCCGGUGGUGCUGGCGGUGCUGGCGGUGCUGGCGGCUACUACCCGUCCGGCGCCUCACCCACACCACACGCCCGUGGCUACGUCAAUGAACUGGCCACGACCCCGGAGCGUGUUAGCUCCGAGGACGAUGUCUCCUCGUCUCGUAACGUGACGCCUCCGCGCGACCUCGGCGACAUGCAGCGGAACCUCCAGACCCCCGAGCCUGUGUUCACACCGCCGGCCGCGCAACACCUGCCCUCGUCUCGUCCGGCAGCUACGCCCUUCCACUCGGCCGAGCUGCGCAGAGCCAACAGUCGUCUGUCUAGCUCCACCCUAGCGCACAUCGUCAAGGCGAGUGCCGUAUCCAACGAGUCCUGGCCCAUGCCCGACAACCAAGAGCACAGGCCCGUCAGCCAGGGCAGCGGUACGAGCCGGGCCGUCGGUGGCCAGUCUGGCACCAAGCUGCCGACCUCCGUAUCCGGCCCGUCAUUAGGCCAGCCCAGCCCCAACUAUUCACAAGGCCAAUGGGGUCAAGGCCUGGUUCCUUCCAGCAAUGCACCACACCCGACCUCCUAUUCGAAGUCCCCUCUCAACCAAGCACAGAACAUCCUUGCUCCAGCAUUUGAUGGCACAAAUGAACCCCUUUCCCAACCCGCAGGUUCGGGUUCCAAGCCGAUUGGUGGUCCUCAGCCUCAAGUGCCCCCGCACGCUGACCACUUGCCAACUCACAUGCACGGCGCCGAAUCUGGCCGCCAGAGGUAUAAGGCGUCGGCAGCUUCCGAGCCGCAGUCGGCCAUUUCAAGCGCAGGAAGCCUGCAGGAUUACUAUAUCGAUGAAGCAGCUCUUGCCAAGGUCCAGCUCGCCGACAACAUCUCCACCAACGCCAACGAGUCGCCCACUCGGCAGGAGGUCGUCCGCCAAGAUACCAAGCGCAGUGAAGCCAGCAGCCGCUACGACGACGCGUCGUCGACGACCACGCCUGACUAUGCCAGUACCCACGAGUCUGUGCGGACACGGGAAUCCGUGGAUCGCCCCCGUGCCGGCGUCCUGCGCACAGUCGGCGAGGCCGCUCCACCACCACCGCCCCCCCACGAAGCCCUCGAUAUCCCCGAAGUCAACUUUGGUCCCACCUACAAUUAUGCCUCUGCCAACAUCCCGCGCAACAAGACACCGACUCCGCUGGGUGCCGGUAACUCGACGAACCAGCCGUCGAAUUCAUUUUCACACUCUCCCGGAACGAAUGCAGCUAUGUCCGGUCCAGCCAAACUCCGCAAGAGCCCGGGGCAGGCCCAGGGCCACAAGUCGCGUCCCUCCGAAACCAGCCAUUAUCGCCAGGAAUCGGAUGACACUCUCCGCCGCCGCAGUGUUGCCUGGCAGCCCGGCAGCACCAUGGUUGGCACGACUGCUAAUGCCAAUGGUGAUGGACGUGCUAGUUCUAUGACCCCGGAGCAGUUUGUGCUUCAGCGCGCCCAGGCCGCCCAAAGCUCGACCCCCCCUUAUCCGCUACACCAGAGAAACCCGUCAAACAACUCGCUACUCAACUUGCGGAAGAAUACGCCGCCACCGGCCAUGCGACGGACCUCCAGCUUCGACAUGCUUACCAGCGCCGUACCGAACCCCCCGUACCAGCAGCAGCAGCGACCCAGCUCACAAGGCGCCAUGACGGCUCUUGGCAGCCAUGCACGCGACAGCUCCAUGGAUGUCGGAGCCCACUUGUCGGCCCGUGAACAAGAACAUCUGGCCCGCAUGACAGGCGCACCUCUGAUCAAUGUCGUAGGCAACUCCCGCAACAGCCAGCAGCCUGCUGGUGGUCCUGGACUUGUCGGCGCCAUUGCCGCUCGCGAGCGCGAAAAGCAGCAGAUGAAGGAGGGUGUCAGCUCCCAGGCCGUGCAAUACGCAAUCAACCAACGCCAGCAGCUGCAGUUCCAGCAGCAGCAGGUGGCGCACCAACAGUACUACCUCCAGCAGCAGCUCCAGCAGCAGCAGCAGCAGCAACAGCAGCAACAACAACAGCAGCAGUACGCCCAAAUGUACGGCACGCCUAGCCCUCAAGGCGCUACCAGUGGAUACGGCGGCUACCAGCUUCCGCCGGGUCACGGCCCGCCGCAACGCCGGUUGUCACCGCAGCAAAUGGCCACCGCCCAAACCAACACCUAUGUGCCCCAGCAAGGGUAUUCCCAAGGCAGCAUACCGGGCGGCUGGCCAAUGACCUCGCCGCAGAUCCAGCAGCAUCCUCGGCAGCAACAGGGCUACUUUUCGCAAAGCCAACACGCGCAGGGCCAGAACGCGCAGAGCCCGGCCGGGUUUGUCGGUACGCCGCGGUCCAGAACACCCGGUCCGUAA